AUGUCGGAGGGUGGCGCUGCUUCUGAGCAGCCUGCGGUUCCUUUUGCUCCAAAGUUUGUUUUCGAUGGAAAGCGGAUGCGUAAGCCGGUCUUCAGGAGAACCGUCGAUUUCAACUGCUCUCUGAUUAGACGCCUUAAAAACUACUAUAAAGAUUCGCUUUACAACAAAACUUCGCCUAGUUCUACUGAUCCAAACUCAAUAAUUAAUUUCCAGUCUACCAACGCAUAUCCACACUCACCCUCAAGCCUAGCCACCACUAAAUUCAUACAUACGUCUACCAAUAAAAUUCGGUGUCCAGUCAAUGUUGCAAAGGUAUUAAUUCAUAUCCUUAAGGUAGUGGACUCCAGAAGGCAGAAGGUUGAUCACGGGAUCCUCAAGUGGAGAGCACAUGAGCAAGCGGUCCGUGCCCUUGCAUGGAGCCAUAAUGGAAACUUUAUGCUGUCUGGAGACAAUCUCGGGUCAAUCAAGUAUUGGCAGCCAAACAUGAACAACGUCCAAGUGAUUCAAGGACAUCACGAGUCCAUACGCGAUUUGACGUUUUCGCCUACCGAUUUGAAAUUUGCCUCGUGCUCCGAUGAUUCUGCCAUUAAAAUAUGGGACUUUAUCCAGGCAAAAGAAGAACGCCAACUGCGGGGACACGGCUGGGAUGUCAAAAAUGUCCAAUGGCACCCAAACUUUUCGCUCCUUGCCUCCGGAUCAAAAGACAACACGGUUCGUCUAUGGGACCCCAGAAUGGACCAGCCCCAGCUUGCAUUGAUACAUGGUCAUAAAAAUACCGUUCUAGACAUAAAAUGGAACCAGAACGGGAAAUGGCUAUUAACGUGCGGCAAGGACCAAGUCAUCAAGUUAUAUGAUAUUCGCAAGCUGGAGGAGCUCCAAACCUUUAAAGGCCAUAAGAAGGACAUCACAAGCUUAAGUUGGCACCCAUUUCAGGAGUCCUUUUUUGCUAGCGGAGGAUUUGAUGGAUCGCUAAUGUUUUGGAAUAUUGGGACCGAAUCCAACGUUGGUUUGAUUGAUAAUGCCCAUGAGCAGGCCAUUUGGUCCAUGGAUUGGCACCCCUUGGGCCAUAUACUGACCACAGGCUCAAAUGAUCAUACAACCAAAUUUUGGACUAGAAAUAGGCCUGGAGAACUCGCUGUGACAACUGUCCAAGCAUUUGAAAAUAAAUACAACAAUGACCUUUAA